CCCUGAAAUCCAGCAGCAGCAAACCUCAGAGGAUCAGAAACACCGAAACGCUUCACAUCGGAGGGACGAAGCCCAGCGACGCUGCAGAGAACCAGAACCGAGAAGAACCUCAGAACCUGAGCCGACGGUGUCUCCAGGUGCGUCCAGGUGACUUCAAGUGUCUCCAGGUGUCUCCAGGUGCGUCCAGGUGACUUCAAGUGUCUCCAGGUGCCUCCAGGUGUGUCCAGGUGUGGUGGGUCUGUCCAGCAGCAUGGCGGUGUGCCUGCAGGUGGUGGGUCUGCUUCUGGGCGUGGUGUCCUGGUGCCUCCAGUCCAGCUGCACCUCGUCCCAGGUGUGGAAGGUGCGGAGUCAGGCCGAGUCGGUCAGCAGCAGCCAGUGGACGUUUGAAGGUCUGUGGAUGAGCUGCGCCGCCACGUCGCUCGGCUCGGUCCAGUGCAGCCGCUUCAAGACGGUUCUGGGCCUCCCGGCUCACCUGCAGGCCUGCCGAGCCCUGAUGAUCAUCUCGCUGCUGCUCGGUCUCGCCUCCAUCGUCGUCUCCGUUCUCGGACUCAAAUGCACCAAAAUCGGCCGAACGUCGGAUCAAGUCAAGGAUCAGAUCGCUCUGAGCGGAGGAGUCAUGUUCAUCCUGUCCGGUGUUUUUACUCUGACGGCGGUUUCCUGGUACGCUGCCCGAGUCAUCCAGGACUUCUAUGAUCCUCUCUACGGAGGCGUCCGGUUCGAGCUCGGUACUGGUCUGUAUCUGGGCUGGGCGGCGUCCAGUCUGGCUCUACUGGGAGGAUCGAUGCUGUGCUGCUCCUGCAGGAGGAAAAACUCUCCACCUCCUGUCAGUGUGUACUACUACUCCUACUACUUGUACUCUUUCAACUACUACUAUGACUACUUCAACUCCAAGUACUACAACCAUUAG